CUGUCGAUAAGUAUCUCGCAUCUUCCCCACAUCGUCGUCGUUCGCAAGGAUUCGAAGGCUGGAAGAGUUCCUUUCUCUCUGUCUACUCCCACUCUAGGUUUCGUCGCUUGCCCUUCUCCAGUAAGAGAAAACCAUGACGGACAUCCCGAACGCCUCGUCCGACCUCCACGCCGCUUUGAAUGCGGAGGAGGAUAGUGCUGGUGUUGUCGAUGCUUUAAAGGACAAGCUCCAGAUCGACGCAGAGAAGGAUGAGGUUGAAUUGGAAACGCUAAGCCCAAUAGUUAGGAAGCGAGUUGAAGUGUUGCGGGAGAUCCAGAGCCGACAUGAUGCACUAGAGGCAAAGUUUUUCGAGGAAAGGACCGCACUUGAGGAUAAAUACCAGAAGCUUUAUGGGGCACUGUAUUCCAAGAGGUAUGAGAUUGUAAAUGGUAUUGCUGAAGUUGAAGGUAUUACAAAUGAAUCUGCAACCAACUCUAGCGAAGAAAAGGGUGUGCCAGGAUUUUGGCUGAAUGCUAUGAAUCAAAAUGAAUUGCUAGUAGAUGAGAUUCAAGUACGUGAUGAGCUAGCUCUUAAAUAUUUGAAAGACAUAAAGUGGUCCAGAAUUGUUAAACCCAAGGGUUUUAAACUUGAAUUUUUCUUUGAAACUAACCGUUUUUUCAAGAAUACUGUGCUGACAAAAACAUAUCACAUGGUCGAUGAAGUUGAUCCAAUCUUGAAGAAAGCAAUUGGGACUGAGAUUGAAUGGUUUCCAGGGAGGUGCUUAACUCAAAAGACUUAUUUGAAGAAGCCAAAGAAGGGCUCAAAGAAUACCAAGCCUAUAACCAUAACUAUGAAAUGUGACAGCUUCUUUAAUUUUUUUAAACCACCAGAAGUACCUAAUGAUGGUGCAGAUUUGGAUGGAGACACUCAGGCUGAGGAGUUGAAGGAUCUGAUGGAAGCUGAUUAUGAAAUUGGCUCAACAAUUAAAGACAAGUUGAUUCCUCGUGCUGUUAGAUGGUUCACGGGGGAGGCUGUUGAAUGUGAGUUACAACUACAGGACAACAAGGAAGCCUUUUAUAUCAUACCUAGUCCCUGAAAAAGGAUGUUGGUGGUGAUAAAAUUGACCGGCUGGAUGAUUGCAAACAGUAGAAGAUUCUGUUUACUGUGCAUUGAGAACUUAAUAGUAGUCAGAAACUUCAAAUUUGUGUGAAGCUCACUCCAUUUUUUUUAUAGUUUUUUUUUUCGUCUGCCGACCAAAUUUGGUCUGUCCUAAGUUUUACUGUUGUGAUACUGGUUGUUUCCUCUGUCAGUUUAGUCAUACUUCAACUUUUAACCAGUUGAAAUGAUGAUCUCUUGAAGAUCAA